CAGGUUGGGCUGGACCGAGGUAGACCGCUCUCCUACGGAGCCAUGUUGCUGUGGUCAGUAUGGAGUGCAGUACUGCUCCUGACCCCCCUGGAGGCAGUAGAGGUGGACGAUGUCCGAGCAGGCUGCAGCACAGCUGUGAAUGACCUGGUCUACAUUGUUGAUGGCUCAUGGAGUGUUGGCUUCUCUGACUUCGACACGGCCAAGCAGUGGCUUGUCAACAUCAGCAGCAAAUUUGACAUCAGUUCCCACUACACACAGGUGGCUGUGAUCCAGUACAGCGACACUCCUCGUCUGGAGAUUCCUCUGGGGAAACACCAGGCAGGAUCAGAGCUCAUCCAGGCCAUAUGGAGCAUCGCCUACUUGGGAGGAAACACACAGACUGGCAGGGCCAUCAAGUUUGCCGUGGACCACGUCUUCUCCUCCUCCGAAAGAUCCAGGCAGGUCAAGAACCGCAUUGCUGUGGUGGUUACCGAUGGCAAAUCACAGGAUGACGUGGUGGAUGCCAGUAUGGAGGCACGAGGUCAGGGCAUUACAGUAUUUGCCGUUGGAGUUGGCAGUGAGAUCACCACCUCGGAGCUGGUCUCCAUCGCCAAUAAACCAUCAACCACCUACGUCCUGUAUGCUGAAGAUUACACCACCAUUGACCGUAUCCGAGACUCCAUGGAGCAAAAGCUCUGUGAAGAGUCUGUGUGCCCGACACGAAUCCCAGUGGCCUCUCGUGAUGAGAAAGGCUUUGAGCUGAUGGUGGGCAUGAACAUUCAGAGGAAGGCCAAGAAGAUCCCUGGCUCUCUGAUCUCCGAGACCGCCUAUGCUUUGACUGCGUCCACAGACAUUACUGAGAAUACACGAGAGAUUUUCCCAGAAGGCCUCCCUCCAUCCUAUGUGUUCGUAGUCACCCUGCGUCUAAAGGGGUCUCCUAGCAAGCUGACCUUUGAUAUUUGGAGGGUGCUGUCUAAGGAUAAGGAGAUCCAGGCUGCAGUGACACUCAGCGGAAAGGACAGAAGUGUCAUCUUCACCACCACCAGUACAACAGAAAAUGAACACAGAGUCAUCUUUAAAACAGGCUUUCAGACUCUGUAUGAUGGAAAGUGGCAUCAGCUCAAACUCCUGGUGAGGCCACGCCAAAUCACUGGUUUCCUUGACGAUCAACUGAUCCAGGAAGUAAUGCUGGAGCCGGUGGAGCCCAUUUACACCAAUGGGGAGACACAAGUGGCUAAGAGGCGAGGGACAGACAUCACUGUGCCUGUGGAGAUUCAGAAGCUGCGUCUGUACUGUGAUCCUCAUCAGAGUGAACGGGAAACAGCGUGUGAGAUCUACUCUGUGGAUGAUGAAAGGUGUCCUCUGAAUCGAACAGCCACAGUGGAAGAAGACUGCAACUGUGUGGUCGGACCACCAGGGCAGCGUGGCCUGCCAGGACCCAUGGGAUUCAGAGGGGAGAAAGGGAGGGAAGGACCACCAGGACCUGAUGGGAAGCAUGGUAAAGACGGGAAACCUGGGGAAUCCGGCCCUCCUGGAUUACCAGGGAUGAAGGGUGAAUGUGGCCCAGCAGGACCAAUGGGGGAGCCUGGUCUAAAAGGUAACAAGGGAGACAGGGGGGAACCAGGCUUGUCGGGUGAACCAAGACCCCCAGGACCCAAGGGAGAAACUGGGCCGACUGGUGCUGCUGGAGCUCAAGGUGCCCCGGGAGAGAGAGGGCUGCCUGGGCCACAAGGACCACCUGGAAUAAAGGGAACACUGGGAAUCCAGGGGCCUCGGGGGCCGCCCGGAGAGAUCGGCCAAGAGGGUCCCAAGGGGAAGUGUGGAGAUCCAGGGGUUGCUGGUCCUCUUGGUCCACCAGGCCAGAAGGGUUUAACAGGGGAGCCAGGUUUUCCAGGGCUGCCAGGGGCCUCGGGGCUGGGGUUCAAGGUCACAAGGUGA